AGCGGGGAUUGGGGCUGGGCGAGGGAGAGGGCUGCCUGGGUCUCCCUUUCCUGGGAGCACGUCUCUGUCCCGAGGCCCCUCCGUCAGGCCGAAACCAGCAGGAGGCUUGAAAUAAGAAGGCAAAACCCCUUUGAAGGAGCGUGACCGGAGGGAGCCCCGCCAGAGGCCUGCCUGCGACCGGAUCCUGCCCUCCCCGGCACCAUGGUGACAGAGAAGGAGGUAGAGGCCAUCGGCCGGACGCUGGUGGACGCGGCCCAGCCCCUGCCCGCCCGGUUCCGAGCCCUCUUCACCCUGCGCAACCUGGGCGGCCGCGCGGCCGUGGACUGGAUCAGCCGGGCUUUCGGGGAUGGCUCCGCGCUGCUGAAGCACGAGCUGGCCUACUGCCUGGGCCAGAUGCAGGACGAAGCGGCCAUCCCUGUGCUCAUCCGGGUGCUGGAGGACACCAGCCAGGAGCCCAUGGUCAGGCACGAGGCGGGUGAAGCCCUGGGUGCUAUCGGGAAUCCCGAUGUGCUGGAUAUCCUGAAACGCUAUUCAGAGGAUUCUGUGGUUGAGGUGGCAGAGACGUGUCAGCUGGCAGUGAAGAGGCUGGAGUGGCUGCAGGAGAACAAGCAGGAGCCGGGCACCAGCCCCUACCUCUCCGUGGAUCCUGCUCCCCCUGCUGAGGAGACAGACGUCGCCAAACUCCGCAAAACCCUCCUGGAUGAGUCGUGCACGCUGUUCGACCGCUACAGGGCCAUGUUUGCCCUGCGAAACCUGGGGGGCCAGGCUGCCGUGCUGGCGCUGGCGGAUGGACUGCGUUCUGGCAGCGCCCUCUUCCGCCAUGAGAUCGGCUACGUGCUGGGCCAGAUGCAGGAUGAGGCCUGUGUCCCGCAGCUGACGGCCGCACUGCGCAGCCGCACCGAGAGCCCCAUGGUGCGCCACGAAUGUGCCGAGGCCCUGGGCUCCAUCGCUCGCCCCUCCUGCCUGGAGACCCUGCGUGCCUUCGCCCGCGACGAGGAGCGGGUGGUGCGGGAGAGCUGCGAGGUGGCGCUGGACAUGUACGAGUAUGAGAACGGUGCCCAGUUCCAGUACGCCGACGGGCUCUGCAAGCUGCAGGCCUCCGCCUGAGCCCUGGCUAGGGGGGGCACGGGCUGGGCGCGCUGCCUCCCACCACCCCCGCCCCGCUGCGCUUUCAUGGCCGCCUCUGUCGACAUGGAUCCGUGCCUUGCCGUGGCAGAGGUGGAGGAGGAACUGGCUUUGCUCUCUGGCACAAUUACAGCCGCCUUCUCCCUCCAAAUCCAGGCUGAGCUGCUACUUGCCUCCCACCCCCCCCCCGUUUCCUGGAUCUGCCCCUUUUUCCCUGCCAGGAUCAGCACUGCCUGCCCGCAGCCUGGCUCGGGGCUUGGACCGGGUGGGCUCCGCUCUGCACGUCGGAGCCUGUUGCGGCUGUUGCGGGGCCCGGGGCUGCUCUGGGCUUGUGCUGCCGUGGCGGCUUGGUGUGAAACGGCUCCGCUUUCCCUGCCUGAGCUUUGCUGGGGGGCCAGGGCUGGCUUUGGGCGCUCGCUUUCGUAGCUUGUAGCAGUGCGAUGCCUCAAAAUCACCCUUGGUGCUGGUGCUGAGCUGGAUCCCUCCUUGCCUCUGCAGCGGAGGAGCUGCUGUGGGUUUGGCCUCUCGUGUCGGGGCAGGCCGGGGCUGUGCUUGCAGCAGCCUUUGCCCUGGGAUGGGGGUUGUUUCAUGGCAAAGUUUGGAAGAUUUGGCUGCGCUUUUUCUUUCUGCAGGGAACGGCGCUGCCAUUAGGGCUUACAGGGUGAGGCAGAGCCUGCCCAGACUUUCCCCCGCGUUUAACCAGACCUGGGAGGGCUGAGGCUGGUGUCUGCUGCCGUCACCCAGCACCCAAACCCCCCAGGCAACCCAACAUGGGCACGGGGCGGGGGCUGGCAGGGAAUAAAGCGCUGGUGGGGGGA